UUUUUAUAUACUAGGUGUAAUGAUGGAACUGGGCAACUAAAUUUUGGAUUUACAGAUGAUGUAGCUGGUCAGGACAAUUUACUCUCUUUCAAUUUAGGAGCAAGAUAUAGUGGUAUAAUACUCCAUAUUCAAUUUUAUCAGUGUCACUGUUAUUAAAUAGCGUGAAUCCUCUAUUAAGCUGGCCAGGGUCUUAUUUAUUUCAAGCCCCUUUGUGGGAGGGCUGAAUAGAGACAGGGGCUAUUUGAGAGGGGAGGGAGCUUAUUUAAUUUAGAAAAGAUGAUGGUAUCAGUUCUCCAUAAAGAACUAGAAUACAAAGUGCUGAAGUUUAAGAACAAGAAGUUUUCGGUCAUGCAGUUGAGGAUCAGAAUCAAAUCUGAACUUUCAGUUGGUAAAUUAACCAUCCCAGAUCAGUCCACACAAAGUUUUACAGUCGUGAUUGAUUAAUACAAUCUAUCAUUAAUUUAUUAGUGAAGNAAGUUUUCGGUCAUGCAGUUGAGGAUCAGAAUCAAAUCUGAACUUUCAGUUGGUAAAUUAACCAUCCCAGAUCAGUCCACACAAAAUUUUACAGUCGUGAUUGAUUAAUACAAUCUAUCAUUAAUUUAUUAGUGAAGAAUAAUUAGGGGUGGGGAGGAGGGAGCUUACUAACUUUCUUGCCCUGAAAAGGUCUGAAAGGGGCGGGGGGCUUAUUAGAGGGAGGCUCAUUUGAGAGGGGGGGGGGGGGCUAAAUAGAGGAUUUACGGUCCUAAAUUUUAAAGUGAAAUUUUUGUGAGAUUGACACCUUUGUGACCAGCACAAUGUGUUGGACAGAGAGAUGACCAUGUUAUAGAGGGUCACCCAGGGGUUUCAAUAAUAAUUAAAGUAGCCAGCAGGUUUGACUAGAUUAAGCGACUGCAGGAGUCCAUCAAAUGGAGCCUCCAUUUCCAUUAAUUUCUUGAGUCAACCCUUUCCCGAGGAGAUUUAUAAAUAGAAUGGCUUGUUUCCCGUGAAAAGUGUCAUAUUUCCGUGAGUUUCCGUGAGUUUCCGUACGUUGACUCCAAGGGCUUGUAUGGGAGAUGGAGGCUCCAUUUGAUGGACUCCUGCCGACUGUAUUGACAAGGAGUUCCCACAUUUCUCCCCCUUUUCUAUGGGGUCUGGGAGAGCAUGCUCACCCAGAAAAUUCUGAAAAUGAAAUGCCUUCAAAUGCAAUUUCCAGCAUUCUGGAGAUUAAAUUGAGUACAUGCAAGAAAAUGUAGGGUUCAUUCAAGUUUUGAUUUAUCAGCCGCUCCAUCAAUGAUAUAUUAUUUGUUUACAAUGUUAUUAAAUGUAGUUCCUUCUUUUUUCGGGAAUGAAAGAGUAGCAGAUGUGUUUUGGCGUUCGUCAGUGUUUAUUGAAACCCCUGGUCACCUAAAAGGAGUAAAGAAAAGCUGGGCAGUCGAUUUUAGUAAGAUGUGCAUCAUGUCAAGGUGUCUGUUAAGAGAUAUUUAACUAGCUGGAUUACAUUGUUGGCUCUGGAAGCAGGAGAGAUGAUGUGAACCCUGUGUUCUGAUUGGCUACCCGAGCUGGCAAAAUGAGCCAAUCUUGCCUGCUUGAGAUUACCUGCCGUUUCCUGAUAGAAAAGAUUUGUUUUGACCAUAUAAUGAAUCCUUUAUUGACCGAGGCUGGUGAAUCAAGAUCGCUCAGUAUUGGUCAUGUUCUUUUUUUACAUUUUAUGAAAAAAGACUUGAUCUUGUUGGUCAUUAUCCAGCCACCUGACCCAAUACGCUUAAUCAGUGAUGCAUAUGUGACAUGCCUAGUAAAUGCAAUAUAAGCACCCAUAUCCAGUUUUUCAAAAGUUACCAUGAUAGAAUUCUUGAAAAAGAAUGCAUUCCUAUAUAAGAACCUAAAUUUGAUGAAGCCUCCUGUUAUAAACCCUUCUGAACAUGAUCUCCCUGUGUGGUCUUAUAUUAAGGAGCUGCUUCCCUGAAUUACUAAGUAAUAAAUACAGGCCGGAAAGCUUUUGAGACAAGCCCACUUUUUCAACAGGGAACUUCUGUCUACACUGUAUUAGCUGACAUUGCAUACCGUGUGGCACGAAAUUUUUGAGAGAGUUUAUUUUUGUGCAUCUAUGACUUUUUGUGUUUUGCGGGAGCUAAUUUUUGUGUUUAGGACAGAUUGGUUUUGUUGAUGGGAAUUAAUUUUUGCGAUUUUCAGAAAGUCCCUGACAAAUCAAUGAAACUAUUUUCAGUUUUCAGUUUGUUUUUAAACAAUACUAUAGUGCGCUUACCCUUUGUAUAUCCAUAUUUGCAUACUGUUUUGUUUCUGAAUGAAAGAGACUGGUCAUGAAACAGACACAAUUAGUACUUAGUCUUAGUACUGUAUUUGUGUGUAGUGAAUUUAAGUUAGAGAAUAUUUAAUUUGGAAUAAAUUUUUGCAGGAAAAAAGUUUGCAGUAAUUAUUUUUUGCAGGAACUUAUUUUUGCAAAUCACCAGAAUAAUCACAAAAGUUGAAAAAUUUUGUGCUACAUGGCAUACUCACUUGCCAGUCNUGAAACUAUUUUCAGUUUUCAGUUUGUUUUUAAACAAUACUAUAGUGCGCUUACCCUUUGUAUAUCGAUAUUUGCAUACUGUUUUGUUUCUGAAUGAAAGAGACUGGUCAUGAAACAGACACAAUUAGUACUUAGUCUUAGUACUGUAUUUGUGUGUAGUGAAUUUAAGUUAGAGAAUAUUUAAUUUGGAAUAAAUUUUUGCAGGAAAAAAGUUUGCAGUAAUUAUUUUUUGCAGGAACUUAUUUUUGCAAAUCACCAGAAUAAUCACAAAAGUUGAAAAAUUUUGUGCUACAUGGCAUACUCACUUGCCAGUCAGUGGUUUCAAUGAAACUAAAGCUGAGUACUGAUGUGUUCUUUUGAACAGGAAACCUUGGUUUUCCUUCAGAUGGCCAGGUGGCUUCUGUGGGACAGUAAGUAUAUACAGUACUACAUGUAGUGUUAGUUACGAUUAUAAACCAUCCUUUCAAGUAAUGUAGAAGGAGUUUCAAGUGACGCUUGAUAAAAUUCUAGAUUCUCCUCUUACUUGGAUUUGUGAUGCUCAUUUACCAAAAAAAAGGGGACAGAGAAUUUGAUAAAAGAUCAAAAGUCUCUCAGGGCCCUAUAUUCCACUCAGCCCAUGAAUAAGCCUGCAAAUACAGCCACCCCUCUUGGUUACCCUCACUGGAGAGGUUUCUCAAGAGAAACAUCUGCAUUUAAUUUUGGGCAAAAAAUUCCAUACUGAUGUUGGGGUACCAGUGAGAUGUACAUGUAAAUUUGUUCAUGUUUCUGUUUCUCGUUGUUGUCAUAAGAUUUGGAGAUCAGCAUAGCCUGUGUGGCAGGCAUUCGAAAGGGAAGGGAAAGGGGAUUUCAGAUGUGAAAGAAGCGCAAGGGGUGCGCAAGGAGGGAAGGGAAGGCCUGCAAGGACACUAUCGUUUUUUUACGUCAUAAACGUAAACCAAUCACAGCACACUUCCAGAUCUGGGAAGUGCACUUCGGACCUUGAGAAAUAUUUGCGAGAUUCCAGAAAAGAUCAGAAAGGUCUCAUAAAAGGUGAAGACUUCAAACUUUUAGAACAAACUAAAGUGGAACCUCCAUUCAAGGGACACCCUUGGGACCCAGGCAAGUGUCCCUCAAAUAGAGGUGCCUCGAUCUUGAAUGGAGGUUGGGCUGGAGUUUGUUAAUAAUUAACCGACAAAUAAACUAUUUUUCUUUCAUUAUUUCUCGGAAUCUGCUGCAUUCAUCAUUUCAAGCUCUAAAUGAUAUAUAAAAAAUCAUGAUUAAAUCAUCUCUGCAAUGUUGUGUGUUGAAUGGGGCAGGAACACGCGACGAACCCCUAAGAACAUCUGGAUGGGUCAGGUCAGGGAGUAAGACACCAGGAAAUGGUUUAGAUAUAAAAUAAAAAGACCCUACAUUCCAAAUGUCAUGUGUAUGUCCUAUAAUAUAGCUAGCACUGAAGGGUGAAAAUAGGUCUUUUGCAAUGUUAAGUCUUUUGAUCAACUUUCUGUAAAAAAUAUCUUUGUGGAAAAAUGAUUUCACUACAGGUAACCUGUAAAUUUUUUAACAGUUUAUCUCAAAAGUAGCGAUUGUAGAGGCCACUGAAAAUUUAUUGAAGGAUAUAAUGGGAAAAAUCAACUCUUGCAAAGAUCAACUUUCUGUAAAAAAUAUCUUUGUGGAAAAAUGAUUUAACUACAGGUAACCUGUAAAUUUUUUUGACAGUUUAUCUCAAAAGUAGCAAUUGCAAAGGCCACUGAAAAUUUAUAGAAGGAUAUGUAUGGGAAAAAUCAACUCUUGCAAUGAUUGUGUGGUUUUCCAUUCCAGUCCUCUUAAAUUUUGAAACUUUUGAACUGUCUUAAAAUCUUUCACUUACUAUUUCUAUUUGAGCCUUGUAACAUUGCCUUAAGGGAAAGCUUUUAUGACAGUUGGAAAUUUCAAAAUUUAGAAGGAUUUGUAUGUCGGUGUUUACGGACUGAAUUGCUUUGGUCUAUUGAUUUGGCAACAACACAAAAUUUUAUGGACCAAUGUAAACUUGAGGACCAUUAUUAUGUUGUUCAUUUGUAAGGCAGCAUUCCAUGGCAUUCAUCUGUAUUCUUUGUUUUUGUUAGCCCAAUAGACAUUCCUAACUUUGGAGGACAUCGGCGUAGCAAAAAUUCGCCUCUUACUCCACCAGAUUCGGAUGGGCCGGACUCUCCAGAUGGAGAUCAAGGUUUGAGAGAACUACAAAGCAUCAAUCAGAACAGUAUAAAAUGUAUUUACUAUUUUAACAACUGCGUCGCUUAGUGGAGGUGGGUGCCCGGGUUGUCCAGGGGCUUCCACUUUUGGCAAAGGCAGCCCCUAGACAGAGUUACUCCUUCAUGGCUGGUAAACCCGCGCCUUCCAACCUUAAGCCCCCAGGCCAUGCCAAAGGGACCUCCGUGCUGACCACCAAGCCUGGAGAGAAGGGGCUCAUGGCUGGGAGAAGCCUGAGCCCUAUACUCCAAUCUCGGGGGCAUUCAUUAUUUUUUAAAAGGAAUAAGGGAUAAGCUGGAACUAUCAAGCUUUCAGAAAAUGUACAGUAUAUGAGGGUAUUUAGUAAAAGCAAAAGCACUAGCGCUGAUCAAUGCGAGGAGGGUGCAUGCUUGAGGGUGGAUGAUACCUUAACAGGUGAUAUAAAUUGAAGCUAUUAUACACAUGAAGUAUAACUUUUUUAAGUUGAGUGCUGGCAGGCCUAGAGAUCUUAUCAAUUGCGAAGGCAUUUGAUACAAAUUAAAAAUACCCAAACUGAAAUUUGCAACUGUGGUAAUGUUUAAAUUAGUUCUUUAUAACCAACUUCAUUGCUAAAUGGAGGAUGGGACUCUGCAUUAGCUGGGAUCUCCAGGAAUCUUGCUUUUGAGGCAAGCCCCUAGACAGAGUACUACUCCCAUGACUAACAAUAACCACAAUCCAGCCAUGAUACUCUUCACCAUACUUUAGGACCUGAUCAAAGACAAUGGAUCAUGAGUUGCUGUGGGGUUAGGGGAAGGUUUUUUGCUAGAGCCCCAGCCCAUUAAAUUUACGUGUAGGGCGAAUAGAGAUUUGCUUACAUUGGUCAUGUAAAAGAACAAUGCCAUCAACGACAAAUUUUCACUGAGUAUAUGGGAACCCUAUCUUAUAUCUUGAUCUUGGGGAAGUUUGUGCUGUGACCUUUAUUACUGCUUUAUGUAUUUUUUUUUUAGUGUUUUUAUCUGGGAGUGUACCUGGCAUGCAUGCCAUUGUGUUGCCAUCUCUGUUACUCCCUGAUGGGGGACAACAGCAUUCAAGUAUUUUGCAGCAUGGUUCGAGGGUCCUUAAAGACAGUGUCAGUCAGUCCAUACCUCUUUGAAAGUUUCAGAGAAUCAAACUACAUUUACCUUUUCUAUUAUUAAUCAACGUUCAAUAAAGAACAGACGAGGAAGGUACUAUUAUGAACUUUUAAUUAUAAUCCCACCUGUGUGUCAUGGUUCAUUUUAGUUUACAAUAUUUAUGUACAGAUUAAGGUGAACUAGUUUUAUGGAGUUUUGGAAGUUACACAUUCAUGCAGUCCUAAUAUUAUAAUAUAAAAACGUGCCAAUUUUCUGUCUUUUAUAUAUCUUGAAUGUGAAAACAACAAUUGGAUAGUUGGAAUGUUGUAAGUUUUUUAGGUCAAACCAUUUUUCACAUUUUUCAUACUAAAGCAGCUGUUCUCUGAAGUGAUGGGGAUCUCUUUCUAGGGUUGCCCUUCAGUUACAGUAUUAUGUGUUUUGUUCCUAUCUCCCACGAGGGCACAGUCUGCAAAGGAAUAACUCUCUUGUUAUCUAUUGACAUAUUAAGCAUAAUUAUUGUAUGCUUGGUUUGUUUUCUACUUCUUAACAGUAGUGUCUCCUCUGAACCUAAACGAAAAAGGAAGAGAUCAUCAGAGUGCAGUGAAACUUUAACAACAAAUGGAAUCUCUUCUCUCAGGCUCGGAUCUUUGAAAUCAGAACCAGGUACUUGAAAGCAGUUAGCAGUUAAUUUCCUUGUUUACAAGUGUAGCUGAUAUUUUUGUUUUCAGAUGAACAAUGUUCUUUUGAGUGACUACCUUGGGAAUCCAUAACUGUGGUUGCAAUAAGAAAAGGUCAUUUACAAGAAUGGCCUCUCGUUAGCAUCCAUGUGGUGCAAGUAGUGAAGAAAGUGUUAACUGAGCAGUCUUUUACGAGAACUUUAAAACAAAGGGAAAGACGGGCCAGUGACUGGCCAUGGCUGCUUAUGAGAGUUAUUACAUUAAUUACAUAGGUGAAUUCACAAACAGGGUCUUAAAGAGCUGGUCACUUACCCGAGUGGUCACAAGGAAUGCAUUGAGCAUAUUCUGACUUUCAUAUUUUAACACCCCUUCUCUUUUUUUUUUUCUGUGGACAAGACAGCUCCACCUCAAUUUUCUCUUGUGGAGGGGUAACCCUAGAGUGGAUUACUAGCAGUACUCGCCCAUAUGUUUUAGUAACACAUAUAUAGUAGAUCUACCCCUAUGGACCACACUGUUCCAUUUAACUUUUUGCUUAUGCUUUAUCUGUAGGUGAUUUCUGUAUUGAUGGUAGUGGUUCUGAGAACCUGGAUUCCCCGGAUCCACUCACCACACCAGCCACUCCUGACCCAGAGAACUCCUACCAGUGCCUUAAGUGGUUACCAUUUAAACCUGAUGAGUGCUGUAUCAUGUAUGAUGAUGCCUCCCAGAGAAUGUAAGUCUUCUUGCUGCUUUUGUUGUCUUAGCUUUAUCUCAGAUUUUCUAUCCUGGAUACGAGAAGAUUUUUUCUCACGUGUUGGCAGAUACGCUGGUGUCUUUGGGUGGAAGCUGAAGGCCAAGCAGCAAAGCUUUUCGCCAGGCCACUAUAGACUUGACUGAAACCAGAAAUUGUCCAUGAAAAGUCUCUGGUACCCAUGGUACAGUUUCUCCAGCAACACUACAAAUUAAUCGCUCAUGCCUCCAAAGAUGUUCCUUUGUGAUUCACAGUUUACUCACCAUUAGUUUUGCUCUCUGGUAACCUAAUGUUGAAAAUGAAAUUGCAGGUGUGAGUCACGUUCCACUGGGAAUUGACAUUUUUGGAAAGAAGUGAGGCAAAUUCAACAUGUGUAUAGUAUUUGUGUGAUAUUUUUCCAUAAUAAUAUUUGUACUUGUCCUCUUUAGACCUCCUCCUCUCUUCAGAGUGGAUGCUGAUAAAGGUUUUAACUAUUCAUUUGCUGACGAGGCCUUUGUUUGUCAAAAGAAGAAUCACCUUCAGGUAUUUGACCAUAGCAAAAGUUAUUAAUGGAAUAUAUAUCUUUUGAUUUGUAUUAUUAUUUGUGAUUGAGCACUACCAGUUCUUGCUAUUUAAAUGUACAGAUUAGAUGGCCUGUUUGAUUGACCAAAUUCCAGAAUAUUAUGAAAGGUAAUAAAACAUAAGCUCACUGGUUUGGAGAUUUGGGGCUUGCGACAUUUUUAUUAGACAAAAGCGUUGCAGUAAUUAAGGAACAUCACAAACCCAGUUUCCCUUGUGUCUUGUGUCCCUUGUGUCCUUACAGUCAUCCCAGGGCUGUAACUAUAGUGGAAGUUGGUGAUCUAAAACACUUAACCCAUAGACUAUCAAGUGAAACCUACCAUGUGUGGAAAAUUAAAAUUUCAUGUCCUGUUUCCAACUUAAGUCUUCUUACCAAACCUAACCUAAAGUCUCUUAGUGUGGCUUCAUUAUAUGUAACCGAGCUUAACUUUGUGUGCGCUGUUUGCCAUAAAAAAAGGCUUUCCUGUUUAAGGGAAGGUCAAACUGCUCUUAUUUGGCUGAAGGGUGUUUAGCUUAAUAAUAAUAUGUAUUUUAAUUAGGUAUAAUAAUUGUCUUACAGGUAACAGCGUACAUGAGCCUUCAAUCAGAACAAACUCCCAAAUAUGUCAGAGGGGAGGUUAGUAGGCAUCAGCUGAAAUUUCAUGGCAGUAAUUUUUCCCUUCUAAUUGCACAUUGGGCAUUUUUCAUUGACCAGACACUUUGGGAAACUUCACUGGGAAGGCCCCUUUGGCGAAGAACAUGUUCUAUUUGACACAAGUAAAGCAUGUUUGUUCCUCUCUCUCUUGCCAGAAUUUAAGAUGGUGGCAAAAAUAUUGCCAUGAAAUUAGCCUGGAACUGACUGGAACUGAUGAAUCCUUAUGAAAACUUGUUAAUGAAACACACAUUCUCGGAAAGUUUCAUUGUGUUUUUUUUAUUUUUUCAUUCCUGGGAAUUUUCCUGUGGGAUGCCCAAAAACAUAUGUUUUUCAUUUACACCCCAAACUGAAAUUGUGGAAUUUCUUGUUAAAAGGGAAGUGCUCAUUAUCACUUAAACCAGUAGAGUUCAUUCAAAGCUAUUAAUAUAAAAUUGAGCCAUUUGUGUUCCACCUCCACCAGUGGUUAUAAUCAUAAAACACUUUUUUAAGUUAAACUUUGCUAUUAACAUAUGAAAGGGAUCUACCAAGAGCCUUCAAGAAAUCUGCCAUUUACUGGGUGGGUGUAGUAGUUCUAAUGUACUUUAGAAGUUUGAUUUUUUUACUCUUAUAAUGUCUCAUUAUAAAGUUGUCCUUUUUCAGCAAAAUGAGCUGAGACGUAUUGAGAAGUUCUGUUUACAUCUGUAUGGAAUUAAGGUGUGUGAGAUUGCGUGGCUUUUUGAGAACAUUAUGACCUGACCACAUGAUACAUGGUCUUUUUGUGAAAAUCUUUGCAAAGAUUUUUCUCAGUCGUCAAUCGUUUAUUUAACCCUUUGUGGGCCUUUUUUAAUCUCUCUAAUAACACACCCUCUCUUUUAAGCUCUCACUGUCCUUUUAACCACUAGUUAAGUUGUUAGGCCUAAUAUACGUACACUGUAAGUACUAUAAAUAUUCAUUCCACUUAUUUAGAUGGAGUCCCAGGCUAGUAGAAUUGGCGUGGAACAGUCUCAGGCUGACAGAAGCAAACGUCACUAUGAACCUUUACAGUAUGUUAUUCUUUAAUUUUUUUUACAAGUUUUUUUUAUGGUAAAAUUUCUUCUUAGUAAAUUUGCAAGACUGAUAUUUUUGGUUACAGCCAGACCUUAGUUGAGCUGCUAUCCAUUUAGCUACCAGGUUACCAGGUUCCAGGAGAAAAAAUGCCAGUAAUUACAAAAUUGCUGUAAACAGAAUCUCUCCCCACAGCCAACCUUAACUAUUAAAGCAACCACAUACUUGUUCUGUGGCAGUGACCUCUUAUAGGGGUGCAACUGUACUUGCUAUUGACUUACUUCUACUGAUCUUUAAAUGAUUUUCAGAUUUCACAUAUCACCAAACGAACAAGCAAAGAUCACAGUUGGAAGACUACAUUUUAGGUACUGUUGACAAGUGUAUUUUCUUCGUCUGAUAUUAGGCAAGUUUUAAUGAAGAUUUGCACACCCCUCUUUCUUAAACCUUUCACUCCUAGAAGUCAAAUCUACAAAAUUUUCAUAUUUUCUUUGGUAAAAUACUUAAAAAUCAAAAGAAAGAACCUUAAUGAAAGUACUGACAAAGAAGUUUCAUUUCUAAAAAUGGGCACAUCUCAGAGUUUUGUAACAGACUCAAACGUUAGAACUGCAUUGUUGAACUCCAUCAUUCUCUCUGCUAGAGACAAGGUUAAAUGAUAUUUGCGUUUGAAUUUCAGUUUCUGUGUUUCGUGGCCUUCCAUCCUAUCGGUCCCUUUUUUCAGUUAGGUACACCUUGGUAUUUUCCCUUCAAUUACAUGCAUUCAUUGCUGCGUAUUGGCCGACUUUGUAACUGGAAAACUUUCCUGCAUAAUUACCCAGUAUUACAGGAUUUUGUGAAUUUGCAUGCAAACAUCAUCCACUUGUUUUCAAAGACAGCACACAUUCAUAGCAUGUAUAGCAGUAAUUUCCUCUUGAAAGAUGAAAGGAGUGAGGAUGAAGCAGCAAUUAUCAACCAAUUAUUUCAACUGUACUGGAUGGAUCAAUUAACUGCCCACCCAUCCCUCCCCAAGGCAAAAAUUUGACUUAGAGGAGGGGUAGAGGGGCCUUUCUGGAGGGAAUACAGUCUACUUAUUUAAGGGAAGUAGAAGUUUCAAGAUGUUUAUGUAGACUCUCGGGGUCCCUUACAUAUCAACAAAAUCUUUUAUAGUGAAACAACAGCAAACAACAUGAGAAAGAAAGGAAAACCAAAUCCUGACCAAAGGUAACUGCAGCAAUGUUCCUUGAUUAUUUCUAAUAGCAUGAGAACUUUUGGUCGAGAAGGACCAAAUGGUCAUUAGUAACAGAAGGCUCAGUAGAAAUGUUUAGGAUUUUUCCAUCAAGAGUCAAAACAAUAGUCCUCCAGUUGGCAGAUAUGACUUACAGAUUGGAUGUUCUAUGUACUGAACUAUAUAAAAAAGGCACUUAAUUUGAGUGUCAAUGUAUUUGGAACGAAAGUGCUAACUGGGGACACUUUUUACGUCUCCUACUGGAGUCGGGACCACCUUUUUACCUGGUCAUCCGAGCCACGUGAAGGUCAAGCCGCUAGCGCGCAGUGCAAAGGAGUACCUUUAUUUCUCAGUUAUUUUAUGACCUUGAGUAGUGGUCCAGCCUUAGGAAUCGAACCGGGACCACCCGCUCUGCAGUCAAGCGCCCUACCGACUGAGCUAAUCCUGCCGCGGAGACUAUAUCUUUAAUCUUUAAUCACAGUUCGUAACCAUACAUAACUGAUACAAAUGAACUAAUACUAACAUAUACAAUCGAACAAAAAUACAAAAAUGGUUAACAGGACGGUAGUAGGGGGAAACCAAAUUCCCAUGCUAAGACAUACCCUCCAAAAAAGAAAAAAGAAAAAAAUAGUAAUUAAUUAAUAUAUAAACAUAUAUUAAAAGACUAUAAAUUAGACUAUAAAUUAUAAACCUAAUAAUGCAUAAACUUAUAGUAAAGACACUAUGCCUAGUAUGUAAAUUAUGAGCGAAGGUACUUAAUCAGUGAAACUUUAAAAGACUGAAGGCUAGGAGAUGACAUUACUUCAGAAGGCAAAGAGUUCCAAUCAUUAAUAUAUCUAUGAAAAAAUGAAUAUUUAAAAUAAUUUGUACGGGCAACUUUAGGCCUUAUUUUAUACUCAUGCUUACUUCUAGUUCGAAUUAUUCCAAUAAUAUCAAAGUAAUGAUGGCAAUUGAUAUCACAGUAACCAAAUAUAAUCUUAUACAUUUGAACUACGCUAAGAUAUUUCCGUCUCAGUUCUAAAGAGUCCCAUUUUAACUCUAAAAGUCUUUCAGGAUAUUCUCUGUCGGGGCCACAUAUUAGUCGGGACGCUAUUCUUUGAAUUGCUUCGAUUGCCUUGGUGUGUUUCACCAGAUAAGGGUUCCAGACUGGGCAGGCGUACUCGAGGAUAGGUAUCACUAGCGCCUUGAAAGCUGUCUUGAUACUAGUCUUGUUUGAAUAACCGAAUGUCCUUUUAAUCAAGCCCAAGACCUUGUUAGCUUUAGCACAAAUUGAGUUAAUGUGAUAAUCCCGUGAUAAAGACGACUCCAACCAAAGUCCCAGGUGUUUGUAUAGGAGACUUGAAAGUUGACAAUUGGCUAUAUACAGUGUAGAUACUUCUAGGUUCAUUCACGUUGAUAUUCUUGAUGUCUGACAAAUCAUUUGCUUUAUUUUCCAUUUUAUUCCUUUUCAAGUCUUAGUUACAUUUGAAAAUUUGAUUCAUGAGCUGUAUAUAAUAAAUUGAUUGAUUGACUGAGUUAUUAUAUUCACAGAUACUUCUUGCUAGUUGUGGCGGUCUAUGCACAUUCAAAGAACAAAGAAUAUUUAGUCUGUGCCAACGUCUCAGAGAGGAUUAUCGUUAGGGUGAGGAGUUUGUUGUUGUUCAUCAUGUCUUGAGAAAUGUUGAUCGAAGCUGCAAAUAACAAUUCAAUCAUCAAACUAUGUGCAAGUAAAAUUUGCCCAUGUCUGACAAAAAACCAUACCCCUAGUUGCACUCACCAUAGUUUUAUACGGGGAGGCUCUGCCCCUAGAUCCAAGCCCUUGCCCUUUUACAUACCAUAUUUGUUAGAAAAGGUGCCCUUUUUUUAUACCUUUUAUUAGCAAAUGGUACUCUAACCCUUUCACAUACCUUUUUUAGAACACUGCAUCUCUUGACUGCUGUAAAUGCACCUUUUUUUUCAUCCCGGUCUUCUCUGUUGCAUCUCAUGUUAUCCCAUAGUUUUUUUACGAAUCGGAAAGAAAAUUCUGCAUAGUGUACUUUGAUUCUAAUUCUUGAAUAACUAAUUUUUAGGCUUCCAAUCCAGGCCAGUUUGAAAAUGAUAUGGAGGUUAUUUGGUCCAGAGGUCAAACUACAGACUCCGUUUUUCGAAUGGUAAGGAGAGUGUUAAACUUAGAAUGUGCAUAUUAUUUAACUUAGUUUUUAGAUAGCGUAUUUGUUUGUUGAAGGUAUUAUCACCAAAAAGGCCCAAAUAGAGAGUGGUUAAUCAGCAUGUGUGUUCAGCCUUAAGUCCGAAAACUCGAAAGGGAAAACCUUUUGACUUGAAACCUUUUUACAAUGGCAGACGAAAGUCGAAAAGGUAACAUAAGCUUACACUCUCUACUAGUGGGAUUUGUUGCUCUUGUUAAACACGAGGACAAUUUGCAGAAAGAAAGGAACCAUAACCAGGGAAAGCGUGGUGAUUAAUUUAUCGAUCUACGCCAUCUGAGGCCACCGUCAGUUUCUCUUUGCGGUUCUAUGACACUUACUAGACACGUUAUACUCUGUGAUAAAUGAUAAAAAGCUACGGAGUGGAUUAUUUUUCUUUGAAAAGUGGCAAAAUUGUCCAACUUUAUCGCAACGUCUUCAUCAUAGUUUUAAAUGAAACUAGACCGUUGCAGGAGAAUAUCUAUUUAACAUUUAUACAAGUAAACCGUGUUGACGUACUGUUAGUGAAAAACACUUCAAAGAUUCUGGAAACAUAACAACAAGCACUUCUGGCCUCCGUAGCGGUCUGGACUUAUCGCGCGCGUUUGCUAUAUUCAACGGGUACUUUCUGUGGCCUUUGUUUGGGCUGUAAAGCUGCGAAAAGAAUAGGAAUGAGUCAGUGCCGAAACUCUCCUUUCUGUACUAGCGGCUCUGCCGCAAAAAAGCAUGCGCACACUCUGAACCCUGCAGCUGCGCAGGAUAAAGCACUUCUAAACAUUCUGACCCUAUAUAAAUGUGAUAUUUUUAGGGUCGCGUUGGCAUCAAUACUGACAAACCAGAGGAAGCUCUGUCAGUUCAUGGCAACCUAAAGGUGACGGGGCGGCUUGUUCAUCCCUCUGACAGCAGAGUCAAGGAAUCCAUUGAAGAGGUAUGUGGGACAUGUACCAACCGUCUGGUAGUAAAUAGGCGCGCGUAGGAUAACUGUUUCAUUAGAAAUAUGAAUAACAAAAGGAAAAUAAAAGCAUUGAUUAAUAUGCCUGUUUCAUUUUUGAAGAACCACAGCUCUACCAGGCAGAAGUUAAAUGGCGUCUUUUUCUUAAGGAUUGAACUGUAUUUCGUAUACCAUGGUCCCUAAACCAGUCAAAACUCUCUCCUUACAUUGCACAGAUCAAUCUAAUUUAUGUUACAGUGAAAACUCUCUUAGCGAACACUCUCGUACAAAAAAAAAAUAGAGGGAAUGUUUCAUCCGAUUUGCGGACACCGAAACUGAAGUUGCUUAGUUGAUCAAACACUCGUUUUUGUUGUAUAAUCUCAAAUAAUUGAUUGUUAAGAGUGUGGUUUCGACGAAGUUUAAAACUUUAUGGUAAUGCCCGACAUCCAAAACCUCCGUCACGUUCUGUCUUCAUAAGCUCGCGAAAGACAUGUUACAGCUGUACCUUUUGAUUGUCGUUGGUUUUGAUUCAGGUGGACACAAGUGAACAACUUAAAAAUGUGUCAAAAAUGAAGCUCUACAGAUAUCGCUACAGCCGGGAAUACUUGGAGCACGCCGGCUUAGGAACAGGUGACUUGCAUAACUUAUUGUCUUAA